AUGGCAGAAACCCACAAGUUUCAUCCCGCUUUGGCUGUCAACAAUAUCAAAAACUUCAUCCCAGUCAUUCUUGACAUGGAAAGCUCUCAAUACAAUUCUUGGGCCACAUUAUUCAAGAUCCACGCAAGGGCCUAUCAAGUCCUCGACCACAUCAUUCCGCCGACUUCAACAACCACAGGGAAGAAGACAUCCUCAUCCAAGGAUGCGGAAUCCGAGGACAACGACCUCUGGGAUCGUUUAGACGCCAUUGUCCUUCAAUGGAUUUAUGGCACGAUUACUAACGACGUUCUCCUUACCAUUCUUGAACAAGAUGCCACGGCCAUGGAUGCUUGGAACCACUUAGCCGAUUUGUUCCACGACAACAAAACCUCCAGAGCCGUCCAUCUUGAGUACCAACUCUCUCAGGUUCGACUUGAUGAUUUUCCUAACGUUGCAGCCUAUUGUCAACGUAUCAAGACGCUUGCGGAUCAACUCGGGAAUGUCGGCGUACCGGUUUCAGAUGCACGGAGAGUGCUUGUACUUUGUUCGGGUCUCAACAGUGCUUAUCGUGGGGUUGGCAGGCUCAUCCAACAUAGCAAACCUCUCAAAUCUUUCUCCGAUGCACGUUCUACCUUGGUGAUGGAGGAAGCCACUCUCAACAAUAGCGCUGCCCGGGAAUCUGAUUCUGUUCUUAUUGUAGGUACUCACACCAACUCAUCUGAUGAUACUUCCAAUGUUGUGCAACCUCCACGCCACAACAACAAUCACCAUCGCAACAAUUAUCACAAAAAGAACGGAGGUCGCGGUCGUGGAAAUCAUAAUGGUCACGGCUAUAAGGGUCGUAGAGGAGGUCGUGGUAACACUCAUGGGGGACGUGGCAAUGCUCUGCAGCAGCAGCAUCAAUCAUCUCCAUGGCCACCUAUGUGGCAGUUUCCGACAUGGGGAGGAUGGGCACCCCAACCUUGGGCCACACCUCCUUGCCCCUAUCCUACAUCAUCCUGGCAGCCACGCCCUACUCCCAGACAGCCUGGUAUUCUUGGUGCUCGACCUCCACAAGCCUACCAUGUAGCAGCAGCUCCUCAACACACUGAUUACAUGCCCACUAAUGUUGAGCAGGCUAUGCACACACUCUCUCUCAACCCACCGGAUGACAAUUGGUACAUGGACACCGGUGCAACCUCCCACAUGACUUCAAAUCAAGGUACUCUCUCGUCUUAUUUUAAUUUGAGCACAAAUCGUGAUAUUGUUGUUGGAAAUGGCCAUACGAUUCCAAUUCAAGGUUAUGGUAGCACUGCAUUAUCUCCCUCCAACCCCCCUUUACACCUAAACAAUGUCUUGCAUGCCCCAAAACUCAUUAAGAACCUUAUUUCCGUUCGCAAAUUCACUAAAGAUAAUUCUUGUUCUGUUGAGUUUGAUCCGUUUGGAUUUUAUGUGAAGGAUUUACAGACGGGGAAGCACCUACUGAGAUGUGAGAGCUCGGGAGACCUCUAUCCCUUCACCAAAAAUCGGGCCAUUUCUGAUUCCGUCUUUACUGCUUUGUCUUCAAGUUUAUGGCAUAGCCGUUUAGGGCAUCCCGGGGAAGUUAUUCUUAAUUCUCUCCGUAGUAACAAUUUUAUUCAAU